GAUGAAACACAGAUAUGGUAUCAGAGUCAACUCUAUGAGUCCGGGAUAUAUGGAUACGGUGUUGAAUGAAGGUGCUGGUUUGGAAGAGGCGAGGAAUAUUUGGGCGAGUAGGAAUCCGAUGGGAAGGAUGGGUGCGGUGGGCGAGCUUGAUGGUGUUGUUGUGUUAUUGUGCUCGAGAGCUGGAAGCUACAUCAAUGGCGCUGACUUUGUAGUUGAUGGCGGUGCCACCGUUUUUUGAAAGAUGCGCAGAGAGGAAGAAGUAGGUGAGUGAUACGCAUACUUGGUCAUCAUUAUCUCUGCCAAGAUUCACUUAGCACAGGAGGAAUCGACUUCACAAGCAGGCCAUAUAUUGAACAAAAUUCUCUCCCAAAGUCAAAGAAGGGCCUAUGGUGCAAUCGGAAAACAGUGCGCGUUCUAGGCAUUCGACGACAUGAGCGGACCGCUCAGGAUCCAGGAGAUCAUCAGCACUUCCGUCAUCGGGAAUGAUGGCUCGACUAGCCCAUCGCUACCUCCAAGCUUCAGUGCUUUCCAACGACUACCUACCGAGCUCAAAAUCUUGGUUUGCGAGAAUGCAGCCACUCGAUCGGAUCCCAUCGAUCUGAGCAGGAAAUGUAAUCAAACAUUGCCAGAGAUCACACGUGUGACGAAGUUCUUCCAUACGGAAGGCAGCAGACUAUACUACAGCAUGAAAACUUUCCUGCUUCCACUCUCCCACCGGCUCGGCCACGAAGAGCAGUUGAACCUGGAUGCGUGGCUUUGGGCGGACACAAACCUACAUACACAUCCCUGUACGAAGAUGAGCAAAAUCGUUGCGCAGAUUUCGUUACCUGCGGAGCGAAACAAUCUUAUGACCUUGAUACUCCUGGCUACACAAUUCAGCGACUUGUCCAAUGUUGAGGCCAAAAAGACGAUCAAGCUGCAGCCCAUGAUUACGACACCCACUGGACUAGAAGCUAUUACACCUAUAUCUUCUGCAACAAGACAAUUUCGAGGAACAAAUCAGCAGUACCUUCUGACAAAUCUUCGAUGGAAGCAUAAGACAACUUGCCAGCGGUACCUACAAGAUCGAAUGGGUGGAUGAAGAGGAGAUGGAAAUGAACUCUGGUGUGCCUAUUCUGGCGAGAGCAGUUACUCUAGGACGUAUCAAGGAAGAGCUCUUUUUGGCGGUCGAGAAUGUUUGGCUGUCGUACGUGGUCGCAUAGAGAUCGUCAUGACGAUGAAUGGACACAUUA